UGCUCUCAGCUUAGGAGGAUCAGUUGAGGAAGCUUUCUCUUGCAUCGAUACCAAGGAAGAGAUAAAGAAAAAGGAACAUGUCUCCAUUGGAGAACUAAAAAAAUUCAUUCCAACUCUGAUGAUCAGGUAACGGUAAUAUUUAUUUAGAGUUGGAAGUAUCAUUUAAUUUGAAACGAGACUUAUAAGAUAGUUUGUAAAAUGCUUGGUUAAGACAUAAGAAUCAGAAUUCAUUUGCAAGGCUUGGGUUGUUGAGGUUCUCCAACAGAAUGGCUGGUCUUUUGUUUCAUGCACUGGCUGCCGCAGAAAGCUAGAAAAAUCAGGCACUUCUCUGCGUUGCAACUGUGUGUUAAUGCCAACGUCACCGGUGUUAUAAAGUUCCAUGUUGAAUUAUCAGUUGAUGAUGGACAUAACAAUGCCACUUUUGUGGUCUUCGACAGAGAGAUGCUUAAACUCACUAAGAAAGAUGCCGCUGCUCUUACUGUCGAUGAGAUAAAUGGUGGUGGGGGCGAGCAGCUCCUGCAGUGUCUAGAAGAACUUGGUGGAAAAGAAUUUGUGUUCCAGAUCCGUGUUACCCCGUUCAAUUUCACCCAAAACCACCACACAUUCACUGUUUCUGGAAUAAGUGACCACAUCGAACCUGAGGUAUUAUAUAUAUGAUUCUGUUAAACGUUACCUUAAACGUCACGUUAUAUUAGCACAUGUUCAACCGUUAUCCAGACUUUCAACAACAAUGAAGCAUCAAUUGUUGGUGUGGAGAGUGGCCAAGCAUCUGCUUCAGCCAGUACUUUGUUUGAAGGUGAAUGUAUGAUCCAAAUCCAACCG